CCCUAGGUCAGGUCGAAAGAACAAACCUAGUGGGUCUGUUUUCUAUUGCUGCACUGCUGAACUAGUGCAAUAAGUUAGAGUGAGAAAAUAUAUGGUUGUCUCACUUUAACUUAUUUCACCAGUUCAGUAGUGCAGCAACAUAAAACAGAUCCAGUAUAAUGGAGUUUCGGUUUAACCGCCGGCAUGGUAAGACGUGUCUGAACGAGUUCAGACCGGUGAUUUUUGGAAGUUGUCUUGGAACGUACCAAGGCCUUACUCAUUCAUACUUAUCUUUGUUAAUGGUGAAAGGGUUACUUUCAAAGGCCUGUAUACCAAUUCGGAGAGAGAGAGACAAAUACACAAUAUUCCGAAGUUUCAGAUAAAUCGGUGAAGAAGCUCGUCUCUUUGACAAUUGCUUAUUUCGCAUUAAAUUGCAAAAAAUAAAGUUGCAACGAUGCCUUUACCACCAAACCCUAAAUUUUUGUUGCGUGGUGAUAUGAAUGAAAAUGUAUACAGUUUGUUAUUCUCAAUUAAUUCUAAUGUGGAACAUCUUUAUGCUGGCGAUAUGAAAGGUAUAGUUUAUAUUUGGGAUCUAAAGACAAAUAGAAUAAAAAAUCGACUAUCAGAUAGAGAUGGUCCAUGUUUUAACUUGCAUACAACUAAUGAAACUGAUUUAAUAGUACAACGAAAUCAUGGUAUAAUUGAUAUAUAUAACACAAAUGAAUCAAAUUGGGUACUAAAUAAGAGUAUUGACUAUAAACAUCGCAGUUUUUGCAGGUCUCAAUUAUUGCCUGAGAAAGAUGCAAUAUUAGUCCCACUUGAUUCCUCAGGAGUAGGGAUAUUAUCAUUGAAAACUUUUAACAUAGAAUCAACAUUAGAUCCUUCCAAACUAUCUUGCUAUGAUAAGUUGGGUACAGUGAUGGCAAUAAAACCAUUGAUAAGUGGGUUGAUUCUAGUAGCUUAUGAGGGUGGACAGUUAUUAUUAUGGGAUAUGAAAAAGAAUGAUGUUCUUAGUUCUCUCAACAUACAAUCCUAUCCAAUGACUUUUGAUUUUGAUGCUUCUUUGAUGCAAGGAAUUGUUGGUAGUGCGUCAGCUGUAUUGGAGAUUUUCAAAAUGUCACCAAAUCAUACUUUAUCCCACAAAUGUAUCAGGUCUUUGAGUCAUGUUUCUGGUAUAUCUAUGCUUUCUAUAAGACCAGAUAAAAAAAUAGUUACAGCUGGUUGUUGGGAUGGUCGCAUGAUGUUAUUUUCUUGGAAAAAAUUACAGCCACUUGCAAUAUUAAAAGAGCAUACAGAAAGCAUAUAUGAUAUUAUUUAUUCGCAUUGUAAAGUUGAGGCUUAUGAUACUAAAUGUUUAAUGGCAGCAACAGGCAAGGAUGGUUAUAUAUCACUAUGGGAUAUAUAUAAUUAAGGAUUUUGUAAAUAUAGAAUAUAAAUGUAAAUACAUUUGUACAAAAAGCAUAAAAUAUAAAAAUUGUUAUACUGUAUACAAUUUUAAAUAGUUUAUAACAAAUAUCUUCCGUGAUAAUCUUCCCACUUAUCAAAAAGAGGGAGGAAAAUUAUUGAUUUUACAUUAAACGAUUAUCAAUUUUUUGAAUAUA